AUGGGAGGGUCUCAGUUGAAGAACUUGAAGGCCGCAUUGAAGGCUAAUGGUCUUACGGGCCAAACGAAUGAUAAGAAGAAGUCCAAGAAGAAGGGCAGUCGUCCAAAGGACUUUGAUAAGGAGGAGAGACAGCGGACUAUUCAAAAGAUUAGAGAGCAGUUCAAUCCGUUUGAUGUUAAAGCCAAUCGUAAUAAGAAGAUUGGUGUGACAAAAGAGUCUGCGACGAAACUUGCCGUUGGUAAACCUGGUGUUGCUAAGCAGGCGGACGAGGAGCAGCGUCGUAUAUUUUAUGAGGCUAAAAAAGUGAAGAAGAGCGGUGGGAUUCAGGAUAAGCGUUUUGGUGAGCGUAAUAAGAAUCUAACUGCAGAAGAGAUCAUGUUGGAACGUUUCACCAAGGAAAGACAACGUCAAUCUUCUUCUAAAAGGUCACUUUUCAACUUGGAAGAUAGUGAUGCGGAAGACGAUGGAGCUACCUUUGGGGAAAGUUUGACUCACUCUGGUAAAUCUUUAGCUUUAGAGGAUGAUUUCGACGCAGGUGAUCUAGGUCUACAGGAUUCUGAUAACGACAUCGCUAGGGCUACGAAGUCAGGAAAGAGAUUAUUGAUGGAAGAACAAGAACUAGGCGAUGCGUCUGUUCAAGAACCGGUCAGAAAGAAGACCAAAGCGGAAGUUAUGCAAGAGGUUAUCGCUAAAUCGAAGUUCUAUAAGCAUGAGAGACAAAAGGCUCAGGAAAAGUUGGUUCACGAUAUUGAAGAUUUGGAUGAUGAUUUCGAAGAUAUUAUGUCAGAACUUAGAGUCUUGCCAACUCCAAAACGUAACGCCCAACAGACUUCCGAUGUGCCAGAAUUAGCACCGGAUUAUGAUAGGAAAGUUAAGGAACUAGUUAUGGAAAAGAGGGCUGCUCCUGCGGAUAGAACAAAGACAGAUGAGGAAAUCAAAAAAGAGUAUGAAGAAAAGCAAAAGGAACUAGAACAAAAGAGAUUGGACCGUAUGAAUGGUCUCUUCAAUAUUGACGAUCCAGAUGCAGCUGGUGUGGAAGAUUUAGGAGAGGAGUUUUGGGAAGGUAGUGACUCUGAAGAAGGUGAAUAUGGUGAGUAUAUGAAGCAAAUUCAUGAUUCAGAUGAUGAUGUCGACCUCAGAGAAAAUGAUAAAAAUGGAAAAUCGCAGAAAUCCCAGCUAAAUACAAAAACUAUACCAUCUGUUCCAUGCCCUCAAAAUCAUGAAGAAAUCCUUGAGUUUUUGGAAAAGUACCCCAUUGAAGAGCACCCUGUAUUAGUCAAAAGCAUUAUCAAGACAUAUCAGCCAAAACUAGCAGAGGGUAAUAAAGAAAGACUAGGAAAAUUUGCCGGUGUUCUACUCAGACAUAUUCUCUUUUUAUCUAACGAAGACUAUUCGGAAAAUGUCGACAAAAUUGCAGAAUUGCACAAUGAACUAAUAGCUAUCCUCAAGGCACUUUCAGAGAAAUUUGCAAUUCCCCUCUCCGAAGAAUGCAGAAUUAUUAUCAAUGAGAUUCAAAAAAGAUUUAAGGAAUCUCAAUUCUAUGGUUUAUCCCCAGCUGAUUUAGUAUUCUUUUCAUUGGUUGGAAUGUUGUUCUCCUCUUCUGAUCAUUAUCAUUUGAUCAUUACACCUUGCUUGCUUUUGAUUGGAGAGUUUUUGGAGCAAAUUAGGUUCAACACAGUUCAGAAACUACUCUUCGGUUCCCUACUAGUCAGAAUUGCAAUUCAGUAUCAGAGAAUCAGCAAGCGUUAUAUCCCAGAAAUAACAUACUUCCUCCAUACAUCAUUCAAAAUGUUGAUACCUGGUGCAAAGGUGGAAGGGAAGCCAGAAAGUUCUGAUAAAAAGGAAGUUUCUCUUUCUCUCCCUAAGAACAUUAACUGGGAAAAUGUAGAUUCCUCAUUACAAUUACACGUACUAUUUUCAACAGAUCUUGAUACCAACGAUUCAGUCAAAAGCACUAUUUUCGCUAAUAAUUUAGACUCUCUUGAUUGGUGCCUAACUAAUAUUUGGAAGGAUUUGUCAGCGUUCCCAGAAAUUAUAUCGUUGUUCGUUGAUCUCUUACAAGUGGCUCAAAAAUCCUAUGCUACUUAUCCAAAGAUAAACCAAUUACUUGAAAGAGUUGAAAAGAUAAUGAAGUUCCAAGAACGUGUCCCAUUGGCAUUACAACAACAUAAGCCCUUAGCUAUUCCUUCUAACACUCCUAAAUUCGAAGAAAACUUCAACCCAGAGAAGAAAUCAUAUGAUCCAGAUAAGACUAGAAGUGAAUUAAACAAGAUGAAGGCGCAAUUAAAGAAGGAACGUAAGUUUACUAUGAAAGAAAUUCGUAAAGAUACUAGAUUUGAAGCUAGACAAAGCAUUGAAGAAAAGAAGAAAGAGUAUGCUGAAUACCACUCCAAGAUGGCACGUAUCGUCAACCAGAUUAGUACUGAAGAAGGUGCUGAGAAAAAUAAAUAUGAGCGUGAAAAGAAGCUUCGCAAUACUAAACGUUAA